AUGGCGGACAGUGGCAGACGUCGGGAACGACGUUCAUUGCAUUCCCGUUACCCCGGCCGUUGCAGAUGGAGCAAAGACGGCAAGCAACACAUUCUGCCGGGGACCCACCCGGAGUUGACUCCCGAAGUGACGGGGAACAAGACCCACCCGGCCCGAGAUCCGACGCCAGGUGGGACCCUAUGCGGAGAUGAGAGGGAUCGACGCCUUGUGGACCGGUCUAACCCCGAUCAACUCCAGAGCUCCAUUGACAGGGACAACGUCAACACAACUUGUCCUAUAAUCUUCCCAACAUCAACUGUAUCUAGAGGCCGGAAUUCCAACUGGGCCAGUCAGAUUGUUGGAGGCAUGGCGAUGGACGUUUGGAAGCCCGAAAGUGGUCUGAAUAGGUUGAUGGGUGUCCGAUGCCGCUGA